AUGCCACCUCCCCAACGAUCCAAACAUCAAACAUGCAUCGAAGUAUGGCGCAACGAAGUCUCUGCCCAUACCCCGGCAUCACCAACCUACGCCCCCCAAAUACAGCGACCCUCGUUUUGGAGGAGAUUACUCCGGCCUAGAAGCUUUAACAGUCAUUCUUCAAAUGAAGAGAUGGGCAAUGGGAGUGGAUUCAUCAAGAGGGCUAAAAAGUCCAAGGAGGCUGAUGUAAGGACCGAGAUGUAUAGUCAGAGCGAGGAGGAUAGGAGCAAGAGGAGGGGAAACGGCGGAGAGGCUGAGGAUGGUGAUGUGCGUGAUGGAAGUAGUAUGGAGCUUGCCAGUGGUAGCGAUGAGUUUGGGGGAUUAAGGGGGAGAAUGGAGAGGCUUGAGAGAGCUAGGAGGUUGCUGGAUGGUGGUGGAAGAGGUGGGGGUGGAGGCAGCCGGAAAGGAUGA